AUUUUUGCAGCUUUGAUGAGGAAACGGAGCUCUGUUGUAGAAAUUGUUCACGUCUUAUUGCCGAGGUUUCAUUUCACUGUAGUCGUAUUGAUUGAUUAUUGAUGGAGCCGUGGGUGUUGAGCUCCCACAUCAACAACAUAAGACCUGGUCGUCUACUGGCAUACAAUUAUUGUUGCUUCGUCCACCUCAUUGCUGGAGCUGCUGGACAUGGCAACUUCUCUUUUCACGUCUCUCUUCCGCCGUGGUCCUGUAACGCCCCCCACCCUUAUCAACUUCCCAUAUACCCUCGAAACCAACCCAUAUCACUGCAAGCGCAUAUGGCCUCCCGACUUCACCCAGCUAUCAACAAGACAUCAAUUCCGACUUGAGCGUCGCUACCGCCGGCGUACGAAGCUCAAGUGGGCUCGCCCGAACUGGAAAAAAGCUGUGACUUUGGUACAGUGGGCCAGCAUCUUAUUCGUCGCCGUCUACGGCUUUGGGUAUUUGGAGACGGGGAAGGGUAGGACGGUGAUGGAUGAGAUUCGGCAUUGGGGUAGAGAGCAGAUCAAGGCGUUGGAAGAUCCAAGGGCUCGGCUGGCGAGGGAAAGUAAAGGUGGUACCGAGUCGCAGAAGGGAUGAAAGGUGGUAGAGUCUUAGUAACAAGAAGCUUGCAUUGGUCAGAUGGGCCGUGAGCAAGACAAGCCAUGGACAAGUGGCGGGUGGUCGAAGUGAGCGUCCGAGAGCUUCCGAUGCCACGGGUUAGGAUCAGCCUUCACCUCUCAUGAUGCAGACACUUCCGCGUAUUGCACGCAACAGGCAUCGUCACGCGCACUAGCAGCGGCGUCAGCGAGGAAGCACUGGCAGAAGAGCACCGCAAGAGUGCGUCUGGCGCAACGACAAC